GUACCUUUCCCAUGGCACCGGCUGUUGACUGCUCUUCUGUCUGUACAUUAAUGGCUGUCUCUUUGCAGUUCACAUAUAUACACAUUGGAAGCCUGCAGAGGCAAGCAACCCCAGGAGAAGAAGAGAACACACCGUUCAGUUCAUCCUCACCUCUUGUUCUCCAUAGUUGCAGAUAAGUUGCUUCCUUUUUGCAGAAAGGAGAGGUGGUGCAGAUGAUGGCUGGCUUACAAAGAUCAGCGACGACGUUCAGAAGGUCCGGUUCGUCAGGGCUGGUCUGGGACGAGCGAUUCUUGACCGAGGCCGAGGAAGCCGAGGCCGAGGCCAAGGCCAGAGAUGGCGGCGGCGCGGAGGAGCCCCAACCAGAGCUGCGGCAUUCCAAGAGCGUCGGGAGCAUCGGCAUGAUGCGCCGCGUCGCUGCCGACGACGGCGACAACAAGAAGGCGGCGAAGCAGAAGAAGAAGGAGAAGAAGAAGAAGGACGGCAAGGAGGACGACAACGGCAGCCACCAGGUGUUCCGGACCAAGGACAUAGCCCCGGACGUCGACCCACCGUCGCCGAGGGUGUCCGGCUGCAUCCUCUGCUCCAUCUUCUCGGGCUCCAGCAAGUCGGCGACGUCUCGCCGCGCCAAGCCAAGGAAGAAGUAAAAAAACCAACGGUGACAUAUAAAUCACAUAUACCUUCUGGUACGGUGGUGCAUCAUCUGUUACUGUAAAGCCGUGUGAGCCAUGGAUCUGGGCAUGUCUAUACACUCGAGUGACAUGAGAGUUUGUACUGCUUAUAAAUACAUAUAUUUUGUCAGGUUAGUUUUUCUCUUUUGGUCUUGAUCGAGCUCCUCGAUCCAGAUCCAUGGCUCAGACCAUACUUAGAGCUUAGUAGUGGCAACCAGCAGCUAUUGAGAUUUGGGUUGUUGUUCUUCAUCAGUGCUUGUUCUGGUGCAAUUCUUCUCUCUCUCUCGUUUCUGCUAGCAGCUGCUGGGCGAGCCUUUGGAUCUCUGUGAUUGAUUGAUUGCCUUUGCAUGUGAGCUUGUGGUGUGUUGUGUUGUCGCCUGUAUGAGCAUGAGCAAACUGCUAUAAAGAAUUUGGCAUGAUAUUCAUCA